AGAGAGAGAGAGAAAGCGGGUUGAACUCUGCAAUGUGCACCAGCGACACAGAAAUGACUGCCACAGCAGCGGAGGAGAAGAAGCAGACAGGAGGAGUCCCGAUGAGGCAGCUCACCGCCGGCAGGUCUUGACGGCUGCUCCCCCUGACCUGAAACAUCCCGCACCGCCGCAGCACCGCACGGUUUACACACACUAAAAAAAAAAAAAAACCAACAUAGCCGAAAUAAUCCACAUCCCGUCGGCGAACAUUGAAAGCGACAAUGGCGAGCCUGGGCGACUGCUGUGUGAAGGUUGCGUUGAGGAUUCGUCCUCAGAUGGCAAAGGAGAAGAUAGAGGGAUGCCAUGUGUGCACGCUGGUCACACCUGGAGAACCGCAAGUCCUCCUGGGAAAGGACAAGGCUUUUACCUAUGACUUUGUGUUUGACAUUAACUCAGAGCAGCAGAACAUCUAUCAGUCCUGUGUGUACAAGCUCAUCGAGGGCUGCUUUGAGGGCUACAACGCCACCGUGUUCGCUUAUGGUCAGACGGGUUCGGGGAAGACCUACACCAUGGGGACGGGCUUCGAUGUGAGCCUAAGCCAGCAGGAGCAGGGCAUCAUCCCGCGCGCUGUUCACCACCUGUUUGAGGGAAUACAGAACAGGAGGGUGCGCGCCCAAGAGUCCGGCAGCCAGCCACCAGAGUUUAAAGUCACCGCCCAGUUCCUAGAGUUGUACAACGAAGAGAUCCUGGACUUGUUUGAUGGAUCCAGAGAUCUAGAGAGUCGCAGCAGGAAGUCCAACAUUAAGAUCCACGAGGAUGCCAGCGGCAGCAUCUACACCACUGGAGUCACCUCCAGGCUGGUGCACUCAGAGGAGGAGAUGCUGCAGUGUCUGAAGCUCGGUGCUCUGUCCCGCACCACAGCCAGCACCCAGAUGAAUGCCCAAAGCUCCCGCUCGCAUGCCAUCUUCACCAUCCACCUCUGUCAGAUGAGAGUGUGCCAGCAGCCACAAAUGAAUGGAGGAGCAGAGAACGGAGGAGGAGAGAACGGGGAGCUAAACGGUGUGGACUCCAGCCCCAUUGCCCAGCCAGAAUUCGAGACGCUGAUGGCCAAGUUCCACUUUGUGGACCUGGCUGGCUCUGAGAGGCUUAAACGCACAGGAGCGACCGGAGAGAGAGCCCGCGAGGGAAUCUCUAUCAACUGUGGACUGCUGGCUCUAGGAAAUGUGAUCAGUGCUUUAGGAGACCAGGCUAAGAAGGGAGGGCACGUCCCUUACAGAGACUCCAAACUCACUCGUCUGCUACAGGACUCACUGGGAGGCAACAGUCGCACAGUGAUGAUCGCCUGCAUCAGUCCGUCAGACCGGGACUUCAUGGAGACGCUGAACACACUGAAGUAUGCCAACCGUGCCCGAAACAUCAAAAACAAGGUGGUGGUGAACCAAGAUAAGACCAGCCAGCAGAUCAGCGCCAUGCGUGCUGAAAUAGCCCGGCUUCAGAUGGAACUGAUGGAGUACAAGGCGGGGAAGCGUGUGGCAUGUGAGGAAGGUUCAGAGGGCUACAGCGACCUGUAUCAGGAGAACGCCAUGCUGCAGAGAGAAAACGACACACUGCGACUCAGGGUAAAGGCCAUGCAGGAGACCAUUGACCACCUCAACACCCGUGUAACACAUCUGCUGGCCAAUGAGGUCAGCACUCUGCUGACCAAGUCAAGUGAGGGUAAUGAGGAGAUCGGAACUUUAAUCCAGAACUACAUCCGAGAGGUUGAAGAACUUAGAACUAAGCUCCUUGAGAGCGAGGCCAUGAACGAGUCGCUGCGACGACAGGCAUCCCGGUUUUCCUCUCGUUCCUCGUUCCCUUCCUCCACUCUCAGCCCCGCCCCCGGCCACCCCCCUGGCUCCUCCCCUGCUCCAAUGUCCAUGGAGGCCGAGAUGACAGACGUGUUACGCCGGGCCAAGAUGGACAUCGAGAGGCUGAAGAAGAAGGAGAGGAGGCAGAGGAGGAUGAGUCCAGAGUUGGAGAAAGGUCUAAAGAAACGAGUGAAACUGCACAAUCAUGAGAAUGGAGAGAACGGCCAAAGUCGUGAAAACGGACAGAAUGGAGAGAUUGAUUCAGACGACAACUACACUGAGGACAUCAUGUCUCCACUGCAGGAGGAGAGUGGUUGUGAUGAAGAUGAGGGGGAGGAUGAGGAGGAGGGCAGGGAGGAGGAGGACGAGUUUGACAGUGAUGAGAGCCUGGUGGAUUCGGACUCGGACUCUGAUGAGAAAGCAAAUUUCCAGGCGGACCUGGCUGAUCUGACCUGCGAGAUCGAGAUCAAGCAGAAGCUGAUAGAUGAGCUGGAGAACAGCCAGCGGAGGUUGCUGUUGCUAAAGCUGCAGUACGAGGAGAAGCUCAUUCUUCUGCAGAACAAGAUCCGAGAUACUCAGCUGGAGAGAGACCGCGUACUGCAAAACCUCAUGUCCAUGGAAAACUACACGGAGGAGAAGGCCAACCGGGUCAAGCAGGAAUAUGAGAAACGUCUUAAGGAGAUGAACCGAGAUCUGCUGAAGCUACAGACGGCGCAGAAAGAGCAUGCGCGUCUCCUCAAAAACCAGGGCCGGUACGAACGGGAGCUGAAGAAACUCCAGUUAGAGGUCAACGAUAUGAAAAAAGCUAAGGUCACACUGAUGAAGCAGAUGAAGGAGGAGCAGCAGAGGAGGAGAAUGGUGGAGGCAAAGAGGAACCGUGAGAUCGCCCAGCUCAAGAAGGAGCAGCGACGACAAGAGUACCAGAUUCGAGCACUGGAGUCUCAGAAGCGGCAGCAGGAGCUGGUGCUGCGCCGGAAGACUCAGGAGGUGACCGCCUUGCGCCGCCUGGCCAAGCCCAUGUCAGAUCGCGUGGCCGGACGUGUGGCCCGCUGGAACCACAACCCCACAGUUACAGACUCUGGAGCUGAGUUAUCAGCCAGCACUACAGCAAGCAGCUCCGAACCUGAGACUGGGAGGAGUGUGAGCGGGCUGGUGAGACAGUGGAACAACAAAAACAAUGUGUUCGGAUACCUGGGAGAAAGUGAAGGGAGCAUGGAUGGAACCAGGGUCAUUAGCAGUAGGAAGAAGUUGCAGCGUAAGCCAGGAGGCCUUGGCAGCAGUGGAGCGGCAGGCAGAACAAGCAGUUUCUCCAAGUCCGCCCGUCAGAAGUGGCAAUCCCUCGAGCGUCGCAUUAUGGACAUUGUCAUGCAGAGAAUGACAAUUGCUAAUGUGGAAGCUGACAUGGAUCGCCUUAUCAGGAAGCGAGAGGAGCUGACGGUCCAGCAGGAAUCGCUCUCACACAAGAGGGAGGUACUAAUGGCGGACGGAGAGGGACCAGAAGCAGAGGACCGCCUCCUUCAGGAAAUUAACGAGGAGAUUGAGGUGCUGAAUGCCAAUAUAGACUACAUCAAUGACAGCCUGUCUGACUGCCAAGCCACCAUUGUACAGAUAGAAGAGACCAAGGAUGAGCUGGACUCUGUGGACACAUCUGUAGUGAUCAGCUCCUGCUCUCUGGCUGAAGCACGCAACCUGCUGGACCACUUCCUGAAGGCUUCCAUAGACAAAAGUUUACAGGUGGCUCAGAAAGAGGCUCAGAUCAGACUGCUGGAGGGUCAGCUGAGACAGACAGAUGUGAUUGGCUCAUCCCACAAUCACAUUAUCCUUGAUGCCCUGCGAGAAAAGGCAGAAUACAUACCUGAACUCCAGGCCCUCAUCCACAAUGUACAGCAGGAAAAUGGUUACGCCAGCACAGACGAGGAGCCCUCUGAGUUCAGCCAAGCUUCUGACAGCAGUGUAUCUCAAAUGAAAGAAUCCAACAGCCAAGAUGAUUUCAAGAUGAAGAUGGAGCCUCGUCUGUCAGCUCAGAUGAAGGCGGUGUCUGCGGAGUAUCUGGGUCCCAUCCUGGACCCCACAUCAGGGGGCAAGCAGCAGCACAUCACCAAGUCUCUGGCCUCGCUGACGGACAUCCAGGAGGAUGGCCUGAGCCUUGCGACAGCGAGUCUGGGGCUCAGCCUGGCCCUACGAGACCCCUACCACAGGGACAGAGCGUCCCGCACCAUCAGCCUACCUAUCAGGGGACACACCUUUCCCAGGCAGUCUCGGGGUUAUGACACUUCCCCUAUAACAAGGAGGAAAUCAUACGACCGUGCGUACAGGCCCACUGACGGCUACACUCCCCCCUCCUCCCCUCCUCUGAGGACCAGGAAUGACCGUAAUGUCUUCUCAAGGCUCACCAGCAACCAAAGCCAAGGCUCUGCUCUGGACAAGGGUGUGAUCAAUCCCAUCGGGGGUGUGAAGGGGGGGCGGACGGCGCCCCUGCAGUGUGUUUCUGUAGCCGAGGGCCAUUCGAAGCCGGUACUGUGUGUGGAUGCUACCGAUGAGCUGCUGUUUACCGGAUCUAAAGAUCGUACCUGUAAGAUGUGGAACCUGGUAACAGGUCAGGAGAUUGUAACCCUCAAAGGCCACCCAAACAACGUGGUAUCAGUCAAAUAUUGCCCUUCCUCCUGUCUGGUCUUCUCUGUCUCCACCUCCUACAUCAAGGUGUGGGACAUCCGAGACUCUGCCAAGUGUAUUCGCACACUUACUUCAUCAGGACAGGUGGUUUCAGGUGAUGCGUGUGCAGGCACCACCACCCGCACAAUAACCUUUGCACAGGGCGAGUGUCAGAUCAACCAGAUAGCCCUCAACCCGUCAGGGUCUGUGCUCUACGCUGCUGCUGGAAACACUGUUCGAAUGUGGGACCUCAACAGGAUGCAAGGGAUGGGGAAGUUGAUGGGCCACAUUGGCUCAGUCAUGUGUCUGACAGUGGGACAGUCUCUGCUGGGCAAAGACCAAGUUAUCACUGGCUCCAAAGACCAUUAUGUCAAGGUGUUCGACGUGGCAGAGGGAACUAUGGGUAAUGUAGGUCCAGCUCAUAACUUUGAGCCUCCUCAUUAUGACGGCAUCGAAUGUUUGGCUGUACAGGGAGAUGUGCUGUUCAGCGGGUCAAGAGACAACGGCAUCAAAAAAUGGGAUUUGGAGCAGCAGGAGCUCACUCAGCAAAUCCCCAACGCCCAUAAGGACUGGGUGUGUGCUCUGGCGUAUGUCCCGGGUCGACCCAUGCUGCUGAGCGCCUGUCGGGGCGGCAUGCUGAAGGUGUGGAACGUAGACAACUUCACCCCCAUAGGAGAGGUCAGAGGUCAUGACAGCCCCAUUAACGCCAUAUGUACCAACUCAAGACAGAUCUUCACUGCGUCCAGUGACUGCAGGGUGAAGUUGUGGAGCUAUGUGCCAGGCCUGACCCCGUGUCUUCCUCGACGGGUCCUGGCCAUCAAGGGCCGAGCCACCAGCCUCCCAUGAUUGCCUCUUCUCCGCUCACCAACCCUCCCUUCCUCUGCGACAAGACAGUGAAGAUCUGGUCGUCAAAGGUGUGGAGGAAGAGGUGACAACCGAAGUGGUUCCUUUGUCGGCCAUCUUGCUAAAACUUCAGCCAUUGAUCUGUGCCCUGCUGACUCCUGGCAAUGAGAUGUGACACUGAAAACACAGUUUCCAAGGCAAUGAAGGUGUUUUUUUCUUUUUUGCCAAGGUGCAAAAUGAUAAAGCAGAGGCGGAAUAUGUACUCAAAGGCAAAAAAUCUAUUUGCCUUUCAGAUUUUUUUACUGCCAAUUUGAAAGUGCCAUUUAGGUGUGAUGGACAAGAUAAACCAUAUCCUCCUGGCCAUGGAUACACCUGCUGAACAAUGUUUCCCCUGACAUGAAAACUACCACAGCCUGGUAUUAAAAGAAAAAGAAAAAGUGUCCUUCUGUUCUUUCACCAAGGUUUUAGAACCGUUGUGGAACAGUGAGAGAUGAAUUUGCUCAAAGACGUGUGUAUCAUGUAUCUAUUGUUAGAAAGUCAAGAUGGAAUUUAAAUCCCAGAGGGAUGCUAACUAACAACUGGGACCUCUGUUCCUCCGUUCAGGAUACUGAACACAUCGGAGGGUCAUACUAUGUGUUAAUCGUGGUGGAUGACCAAUAGACAAUUGCUAAUCUUGGGUUAGACAUCACUGAAAAAUUACACAAAACACCAUCCCCUUUUACUCCGGAAUCACUUUUAGUUCAAGUCGCUCUCAGUAUAUCACUGAAACUUUAUUGCGUUCCACAAGUCAUGUUCAUGUUUUUUUUUUUUUUAAAUGACUUGUACUAAUUUAUUAUUUUCCCUACCUCAGUUUUUUUGGACUUUGAUGUGAGGUGGGAGGGGACAUUUUUUACAGGUCUCUGUAUACAAACACCUGGUGCUUGACAUUUUUGAAGUCUUUUAUUUAAUGCCUGGCUCUUCAUCUAUGUGUGGAUGUGUCCUCUGUGACCCUCUGGCUAUCAGACUGUCAAGCUGCUGACCUUGCAAACAGGAAAGCACACGUCCAGUAGCACAAUCUAAGGUAGCAAUGGCCCCCUGGAGGAUUCUGGACUGGACUGUAUCAUCUGCUCUGUAAAGUGCUAACUGCAGUGAAAAUAAGAAACGCCCCUGCAGACGCACAAACACAAACAGUGCACACAUUUGUGAGUCAGGUACUCCAUUGAGGCCAAAGUGCCAGAUCAUUAUCUCGACCAUCCCUACAGUAUGUGGCCCAUACCUGCCAUUUAUCCUCUCCUCAAAUGGUAAUAGGAGCCCUAUCCAGUUUUCCCCCACCUGCUUUCAGCUCCACUCUGAUCUUUAAGGUUAGCGGCUGUGUCAGACUGACCAGCCUUACUGAAGAGUCCGUCUCUUUCCCCCGCUACUGAACUUCUCUGGGAAGCCUUUUUAAUUAGAGGUCUCGCAGCUCUACCGGCUGCUUUUUCAGGCAAGAUUACUUGGGUGAAAGUAGGUCAUAACUGAGAGGGAUUUCUUAUUAAAAUCCCAAUUUUCUUCCACCCACUAUUUGCUGCUACAUUUUAAAGGCAGGAAGAAACUUCCUGUACCCGUGCACUGAUGUACAAAUCUGUUUAUGUGGCAGAUUACGCGUGUGGGCAACACACAGACACAUAUGCACAAACUGUGGACUCACACAAACACAAGAUUUCAGUGGAUGUUUCGGUUAUCCAUCUUGCCUGAUAGGUCUUGGCAUCCCUCGCUGUGUUGAUUUAGUGUUGCUUUAAUGUAACAAAUUCAGCACUGCAGCACUCUGACACACACACACACACACACACACACUCAUAUAUGCACAUACAUACACAUUCCUACAGGCAACAGUAAUAACCCAAGUCUUAAAAAGUCAGUUCAAUUGUGUUUUUCUUCUGAAUACAGAUAAUAGCAUUCUCAUCACUCUCAGUUUUUGAACUUGGCUUUUUUGUGUCAGUCAAAAAAAGGAUAAAACCCCAAUUCAUGCCUGUCAUUAUCACAAUAUCACUGUUGAGAUUUGUUUUUCAGCUCUGAAAUGUCACUGCCUUUGUUUAAAAAAGAAUAAUUUGGUGAUUUAGUGCACUUUUCCUUAUAAAAGACCCAGAAACAUGUAGUUUAAAUAAUGAAGCUUGGAUCAUAAAACAGCAGUCAUUGGUGCUGAAGUUAGUUAGUACUUUCAAUAUACUUUCUGCAAAUUCUCGUAUAAGAAGGAGUAUGUACCGCCAACAUGAGUUCAAAACUUUCUAAAAGCAAUGAUAUGGGUUUUGGUUUAAUGUUGGGGGGGUGGUGAAUGCAAAUGUGUAGAUGGGGGUGAUGUGUUGAAGCGUUCUUGGUUUUAAUAUUUGUAAUGCUUAGAAACUCAGGUAAAGGUUGAAGGAUAUUGUUAGUAAUACGUUUAGUCAUUACUUGACCCUGUGAAUUUAGGUAGCUCUUUGAAUUGACCAAAUGCCUUGUUUGAGAGAUUUUUAUUUUAUUUUAAGAAAAAAGGUACUAUCCGUGUACCACCCCUUUUUGUAAAAGGCUCAUUUCCAUGUUUUGCUUUUGCAUUUGAUACCCUUUACUUAUUAUCUAUGUACUGUGCUUCUCUGUACAAAACGUACACAUCUUAAAUGGCAUCUUCCCAAUCUGGCCAAAGCUGAAAGUCUUGCAACUCUGAGAAGUUAUGCACUGAUUUUUGACCAUAAUUACUUGUUUAAAAAUGUAUAAAAUAUGGUAAUUGUAUAGUAGUUUGUGUAUAAAACUGGCGUGAGCGGUACAGAAUGUGGUCAGUAGGGAAGUUAACCUCCAUAGCAUAAUGGGUUAUAUACUUUGAUCUUAAGUCAGACUCCACUGGGCCCUUCACUGUACACUAUGUAUUUAUCUGUGCUAAUUAGCCAAACUGACCCUGCUCACCAGCUCUGUGGUGUGUUUUAUGUGAUAACAGUUCUAAAACAGCCUUUAUCUCCAUUUUCUUCUCCAGACUCCUACUUAUUGCUAGAGAAGAUGUUGUAGUACUGUAGCUUUAUGCACUCUCUGAGGUGCCCUGUGCUUGUACAUUUGCUGAAGAAUCCAUGAUGUUAGUUGUGCUCAUCGGUUGAUUGGACAUAUAUCAAAAUAGCAAUUCAGUAGGAAAUUCAGUCUUCCUUUUAUCUUAUUGUUAAAUACUUGAGUGGAUUUGCUAUCAAAAUCAUAGAAGGAUUUGACCAUUUGUUUGGAUUCUGGAGCAUUGACAGUCAAAAAUAUGUAACACAAAUGUUGUUGAGUGUGCUUCGCAAAAGAUGCUUGCGUGGAAGAUUUGUUAUAGCCACGCAGAAGGCCUAAAUUAUUAUCUGGCCUUGGAUCAGCCCCGCCCAAAGUUGCCCAGAGUUCUGAGUCUUGUAUUCUGCCGAUGUCAGCACCACUUCAUUACUUGAUGUGUAAAUAAGUGUGUCAUACAUAGUCGAGGUUAGCUGACUUCUUUCUCAUCAGCUGGCCUCAGAAUAAUCUCUGUAAAUUAGGAUUUACAUGCACUUUGGAUAAUGAACACUGCUGUGAAUACUCUGAACUGUUUUCCAGAUAUGUAUUAAGCCUAAUUUUAGACUUAGUUUACAAAGACCCAGAGUCCCAAACAAGGCUUAAAGCAUUGAAACUGAACUGAAAAGAACACAUCUGUUUAGGUCUACAUAAGGUUUAGAAGUUAAUGAUAUUAAUGUUUGUGCUGAUACAGUAUGUAAGAUAACAGUCAAAACAUAGAAAGACGGUUCCCAGUAUGUCCCUGUCUUUAAAGCCCCCCUUUUUUAUAGUGAUUGUUAUCUGAGAAUGCGAAUUUUCACUUUGGCAGAGCAGCAUGCACACCACUCAGGAGAGUCCAUCUCCAGCCAUAUUGCCCUAACUGUCUGCUGGCAUUCAGGCAUUUUUCUUAAUAUUACUGACCACAAACAUGUCAUAUUACUCUAUGAAGGAUAUAAUCAGAGACACAGGAUGAAAGCUUUAACCUUAAUCUAUUUCUCCUGCAACAAUCCACUGGGGGAAAUCACACCUGCUAUUAUCACACUAAUAGUAACAUGUAGUGAGUACUGUUUGAUAAAUACCCCUCUCCAAUUCCAAAUUGGUACACCAGCUGGUGGCAAUGUUCUGUAGCCAAAUGUGAAAACAGUGAAUCGCUAUUGUAGGUCCCCACAGCCCAUAUUAGAAUCUGGUUUAAAUUAUAAAGCUGUUUGACCAAAGCUAAAAAUCACUUGCUGAUACCUUGCUCGCUCUUAGCUACUACCUGUGUAAUUGAAUAUUUCGGAUUUCGGUGCACCGCAGUGACAGUACAAAAAAAAACAUUGACCAUUUGCAAAGCCCCGCCUAGUUACUGUUGCUAUUCCUGUCAAGCUUUCUCUUUUUGCACAGAACUUAUGCAGUUUACAAUUACAAGUUGUAAUUAGCAAUUCAGUUUUGAAACAGUGAGUCCUCCAUUUCACACAGAACUUAGAUUUAUGCUUUAAUGUUUGUACAUUCAAACGGUACGCCUUACUUUUACCAAAGAAAAGGAUUGAGUUAGCCACACAUUUUAUUUAUUCUGUACACCUUUACAUGUGUUUUUGGAUUUGGAAAAGCUUAAUUCUCAUCCUACUAACAUAUUUAAUAUACAAUGGCUACUGACCCAAAAAAUAAGCCAUUGUCAGAAACAACCACUAUAGCAAAAUGUUAACUUAUGAACUCAAUACAUAUUUCAAUCUAUUAAAAUUGCAUUGGUGGAAUUGGGUUAUUUUGACUGGGAUCCCCCAGGACUCCAGUACAUAUUUUAAAAAAGUACAAAUUAAAACAAACAGAAAACAACAAUAUGAAGUCAGUAGUAACACACUGAUUGACCUGUGAGACAUAACAAGUAUGCAAGUAUAGGUAGGAUGAAGGUUAAAACAAACAAACCAAACCCUUUUAUAGCUAUGAUAGUUAUGAUAGUGUGUGACAACCAGUGUUCAGGGCAGGGUUUAGCGAAUGGUCAUGUGGCUGAAAGCAAAACAUAAACCGCACCAAUUUUCCCAGGCAAAUAAAAAAAUAAAAAUGAAUCAGUAUAUAGUGGCUGUUACCUGUCUGUCUUGUAUAGAACAGAUUGGAGAGUCAAGCUGUCAGUGAGUGAAUUGUGUGAUACCACCUUUAGCAUUUCCAGCCCAGUCCAGCCCAAACACCUUAGGCCUACUAGGAAAUUAAAUCAAAGCAGUCAGUGUCUCAGCUUCAGCCUUGUGCCUCAGACAACAGGCCUUACUGCCUUAAAGAAACAGAAUGUGUAUGUGGGACAUUAACAAUCAUUAUUUUGAGGAUUGUAGAUUGUCCUACAGAUUGUUUGAGAAUUCUGUUCUAAGUCAGACGACGUCUCUGCUCACUUUAUCAGCACGGCUGAAGAGACUAUCAACUUUGCCUCAGGCUGCUGAGGGGAUGGGAUUGCAUUUAGACACAGUCAAGAGGGCUGCUGAUCAAGAGGGCACUUUACUGCUUUGCGGUGAAUAUCGCACACCAACACACGGCUUCUCUGUAGCUGCUCAACUACUUUUCCUCCAGGUGUGUGUUGUCACAUUGAGCUCACAUAUGCUAAUACAGUAUGUGGCGGUGUCUGUGAAAUAUUUACUCAUGGGACAUAAAUGCAGGGUCAAAGGUCAUUUGUGCCUUUUAUUGCACAGACUACUCCCUCUCUUAAAUGAGUGUAAAUGUGUGUACAGCUUUUUUUAUAUGACAAUGUGCAUGUGACCAAGCCAUGUAAAAUAUCUGACUGUAAAUAAUGUAAGUAAAUAUUUAAUGAAGGAUCCAAUGUUCCCUCAAGAAAAUAAAUGUUAAAAACAACUGUCCUUUGUUUCUUCUGGAGUGAUGAAUCCUAAUAACAUCUUAUUGUAUAUUGAUUUCUUUCAUUUGUGGUUUGGACCAUAAAGAAUUGUUUUCAUGAGAUUAAAUUUCUUCUGUGAUUAUCUUACAUAAAUUUGUUCUUUAACCAGAUUGUUCAGGAUUUUUAUAGUAUUUACCCAUCUGUCUGCAGAUUACAACACGCCUGAUAUUAAGACCAAAGCAGCUGAGAAAUCAGAUGAUCCUUUACAGAUGGAUGAAGAGUUUAUUAAUCAUUUGGGAUAAAAAGGCAAAAAACAGGUUGU